AGCAGCCACACCUUACAGGUAUUAUAAAUGCUGGAAACAGAAACUACAUAAAGACACAACUGGUGCACUUCAUCGUGAACACAAGAUGGAUGCAAUAUUCCACCUACUCGAGCAGCACAGACUGCAGUCUCACUACAAGAACUUUUGUGAUGCUGGUGUGAAAGAUGAAAGAGAUUUCCUUGAUCUCAAAGAAGAAGACAUGAACUCCAUUGGAUUAAGCCAGGUGGAAAAGAAUCGUUUUUCUACCAUGAGAAACUCCAUUCGCAGACUCAGAGCUCCUGCAAACCCAGCUGCAAUGUCUGUGAAAAAGUCAAUGGAGUCAUUCUGUCUGCAGUACACGUACCCCAAAUGUCCUGAGCCAAAAUACAUCAAAGAUAUGGAUCCUGCACAAAAUACAGUUGAAGAUCUGAUGUUGAGGAUCUGUCACUGUGAAAGUGUUGAUACAUCCAAAGGUGUCUGUCUCUACACGGUGGAUGGAAUGCCUUUGACUGAUGAUCCAUUCUUCAACACAUGGUCUUUAAAAGACAGACAUAUUGCAAAUGGAGAUGUAAUCUAUGCAAUAUUUACACCAAAGGAGAACCUGAAAACAGCUCCUCAAAUGUUGACGCAAAAGGUUACUGAAAACUACGGAACUGAUACGGUUCGAUGCCACAUCAUGCUCAAGGGAAACUUCGAGGUGAAGGUGGAUUUGACCAAGGACACAAUAACUAAUCUGAAGAACAAGCUUGCAAGUGAAAGUGGAAUCCCAGGACAUGUCCUUCAUUACAAAGGUGAACAUGGCAGUGGAAACACACUGGAAAGUUGUGGAAUCUCAGAUGAGUCCACGGUGUUCUUCUCACUGUCUACGUUUACUGAAGAGGUUCCAGACCAAAGAGAAUUCUUCACUAAUGAUGUCGAGCCCUCAGUGCAACAAACCUCCAAAGGAAUCAGUGUCUUCUUGUCUUCACUUUAUAUCAUUAACAAAAGGGGUCCAGGAAUUCCAUUCAGGAAUUUGAUUGGCUACAUACGAAAACUGACUGGAUGUAACCCUCUGGUUCAAAGUUUGUACCAGUUACUCUGGAAGAAUGAGACUAUAUCCAGAAACCAGAAGAUUGCAGUGGUUGAAGGCUUGUACCUGCUCUUUAGAGAGCUUUUGCCACAGCUGGGAAAGAAACUAGGAGAAAAGAUCAUCGAGGACAUUGAUGUCUUUGAGUAUUCAACAUACUGCUGGGCAUAUCUCCUAUCAGAAGCAAAGAAAGAAACAUCAGAACAUGAGAACUAUGCACCAUUUUCUCUGAUGUCUGAAGAAGGCAGGCGUUACUCUGAUCCAGUCACUGUACCUGGAGUACCAGGUGUCCUCGAAAGAGCAGUUGUACUUCAGAAAAUCAAAGAUGGCAAGAAGAUUCCAAACUGCACUGAAGAGUGUUUGCAAGAAACGUCACUCAAAAGAGCCACUGACAUUGAGAAAAUUCUGCUCAGCGUUCACCCGUCAAUUAAAACAUAUGAUCUUUGGAUUUCUCAUGAAAGUGUGACUGGGCAGAACUUUCACAUAGAUACUGGGAAGAGUUUUGGAGACAUGGCAGAAGAAAUGAAAGCUUCAGCUCAACUCAGUGUGACUCCACCACUUCUUUUGAAAGAUCUCGGUAUUACUGAGCAGCGACUUGUUUUCCUGAGUGAAGACAACCUUGGUGUCUAUUUUACUAAAAACAAGGCAACCCCUGCACUGAUUGAGGUGUAUGAUUGUCUGGCUGGCAAAACCAAAAAUGUGAAUGUGGACGAAUUAGCAGCAAGAACUGGUGACCAGAGGGACGACAAUUCAUUUGUCACAACCAGGACUCCAAAAGAAGCCAUUAUGGUGCUGAUAGAUACAAGCUCAUCAAUGAAAAGAAAUUGCUAUGGAAGUGUGGAAAUACAGAAAAUUGAUGCUGUUAAACAGCUUUUUGACAACUUUGCAACACGCACCAUGGCUUAUGAUUUUCAUCAUGUCAUUGGCCUUGCGAAGUUUGACUCUACAGUGGAAACUCUCCACACAUUCACAGAAACACUGGAAAAGUUCAAGGAACAUGUGCACAGCCUUAUGACAAAAAAAAUACUAAGAUGUAUGAUGCCCUACAUCAUGGCAUGCUUGAGUUGGAGAAAGUCAAGAAGUUUCCAGACUGUAAACGUCGCAUCCUUUGUCUCACUGAUGGAAAAGAUUUCGGGGGGUUGCUGUUUCAAGCCAGAGACAAGCAAAGAUGGUCUGAAGCUAUUUGAGAUAGAGACGGUUCUCUCUUUGGAGAUGAGGAAACCCAAGAACAAAGCUGACCCAUCGUCCAUCACUGAAAGUUUUUUAAGAGGGAUCUCUGCUGCCAAUGGGUAUGAUGAGUUUCCAGAGACUGCCUUGCCAAGCCAGAUAAACAGUAAAGUGACACUGACAGAGAGUGCUCUGAAAAAGAAGAUCCAGGAUGCCAAAGUUGGGCAAAUGAUGGAAAAGGACAAACGUAUCCUGGAGGAGCUGAAGAGCCUGCAUCGUGACCCACAUCCCUACUUUAGUAUCUUUCCCUCAGAGUCUGACUUCACAUUCUGGAAGAUUAUCAUGGAGGGACCUCCUGACACACCUUAUGAGAAAGGAGUCUUUGAGUUGUUCUGCCAGUUUGGUGCUGACUACCCAGUGAAGCCUCCACUUGUUCGCUUUGUCACACCUGUGUACCACUGUAAUAUUAACAGUGUGGGGCGCAUCUGCCACAACAUAUUUGACCGGAACUACAAUGCCCAAAUCACCAUGAGAGAUAUCCUCAAUGCUGUGUAUGGACUGCUCAUCAUCCCUGAGCCUGAAGAUCCAUUGGACAGCAUUCUGGCCGAGGAAUUCCUGACCAGCCCUGAGAAGUAUCAACAGGAAGCCAGGAUGCACACCGAGGAAACUGCUGCACAAUCACGGGAUGAUAUGGAGAAGAAAUGGGUGGAUCCUGGGAAACAACAUAUACCCCCUCAUCUGAUCUGUCCACUCACCAAAAAGAUGUUUAGGGAUCCAGUAGAAACAAAAUACGGAAACGUGUAUGAGCGAAAGGCCAUUGAAAAACACCUCAAAUCAAACAAACACGAUCCACAGGCCCCAGAACAACUGCUCACCACAGCUGAUCUUAAACCAGCACAUGAGAUGAAGAAAAUGGUGAAGGAUUAUCGCUCUAAACAAAUUCAGUAAACGUUAGAGCUACAACGCUGCCAUUUUACAUCACUUUCUCAAAUAAACACAAAAUAGGAUAGGAAAAACUAAAUGCAAGUUCAUGUUGUUUGAGUGUCACAUCAUUCUGUGUAAUCGUUUAUUUUACUAUUAAUUACUUUGAGUUACACAGAAGAAUAGUAUAGUUAUGACAAACUGACUGAUUUGAAUUAUGUAAAACAAUCUUAGAUUAAAUAAGUUUCAUAUUUUAGAAACUUUUAUUUUUAUAUUGUAGAGCUCAUUUUUAAUGACUUUCACAUUCAGCACAGAUGUUCCACCACCGGCAGUCACAGGAUUGUAAUCUACUCCCUGACUGACAGCAAUAAACAGGCCUGUAAUUUGUAUAUUCAUCUAUGCCUGAGAAACACAAUGUUUUUUAUCUGUAACUCAUACUGUUCAAUUAUACUCUUAACUGUAUGUCAAUAAUUACUGAUUGAUCCUUUACCCUGAACAGAAAUUGAUGAUGUAAUGAUGAUGAUUCAUGUGGGAUCGGCAGUGAAAUUUCUUCUCAUGUUGUCUGAAGCACAAUUUCUCUAUUUUUGCUGCUUUUGUUAUAAUUAAGAUUUUCAUGCCUACUGAUGAUGACGUUGGUAAAAACCGUGAAUAAAAGUAGACGCGACUGUG